AUGAACAUUCCCUCUCUUCUUCAUGGUCUUGGAUGGGGGUCGUUGGUGGAAAAUAUGAGGUUCAGCUACUGUCCAGAAGCGGUUCGUCUGUUUUAUGUCAACAUUCAGAAAGGCCCUGGGACAAUCCCUACCUUUUUCACCAUAAUGGUCUUCAACUUUGAAGUCAAAGUCACUCCAGAGCUGUUGGCAACAGGUCUUGAUCUCCCUCAUGCUGGUCUUCAUGUUGGAACUGACAGUGAAUUUGGAGCACUGGGGUUUGACCUUCAAGGUGCCUUACAAUCUGUCACUCGUGACAUAGGUCAAUUUUUUCCCUCUCGACUUGCUGCUGGUCGAUUGCCUGAUGAUCUUAAGGUUCUCCAUUUCUUCCUUACUAGGAGCUUUCUGCCUCGAGACCUCUCCAGCACUGAUAUUCUUAACACCUCUGACUUAUGGGUGCUUUCUCAUGCUCGAGCUGGUACUGCCAUCAAUUAUGCUUCUCUCAUGUUCCACCAUAUGAUUCGGUUUGGGAUGGAAUACUUUGACGGUCCUCUGCCGUUUGGCCCCCAAAUUACCAGGCUUCUAUCCUUCCUACGCAUUGACUUGCAUGACAAACUGCAUCAAUGUAAUGUUCUGGAUGAUAUUCGUCCCCAACAUGUGCUUGCUAAGCUGGAUGCAUUGGUAGGGCCCCGUAAGCCUCUCACUGGCUCAGGGGGAGCAAUUUUUUGUAACAUCCCGAACCUCGGAUAA